GAGGAAUCCAAAAAAGCCCGCAGAAAAGUUUUUUUUUUUUUCCGACACGGCACCUCCAAAAACAAAAAAGAAAGAAAAAAAAAGGAAUCUUUCGUCAAACGACCGAACACGAUCAUCUGAUCAUAUCAGAAAGCAGAGCAUCGAACAUCCGUUGUUUCUUCCAAACGGAAUCCGUCGCCAAAUCCAGCAAUCGUCUCCUUCUCCUUCAUGAAGGCUUGCCUUCCACUGCGAGCCUCCUCCCCUGCAUGCCCCAAACCCUAAACCUUCAUUCUCAGGAACCCUAGAGCCCCUCCCUUCGUCCGCCGCGCCGGGUGCUGGGAUUGGGUGCUUGGUUGACUGGGGAGAGCGAGGAUGUUCCCGUGGAGCAUAGCGAAAUCGGCCGAGGCCAUGUUCUCGCGGUGGGCCGUGAAGAGGGUCUGCAAGUUCUUGCUGAAGAAGAAACUGGGGCAGUUCAUCCUUGGGGAUAUUGAUUUGGACCAGCUCGAUGUGCAGCUCACUGAGGGCACAAUUCAGCUCACUGAUCUCGCCCUCAAUGUCGAUUUCCUUAACGAUAAGCUUAGCGAGGCAGCUUCUUUGUAUAUAAAAGAAGGAUCUAUUGGCUCGCUGUUAGUUAGAAUGCCCUGGAAAGGUAAAGGCUGUCAGGUGGAGCUGGACGAAUUUGAAGUCGUUCUUGCCCCUUGUGUACAAUCCUCUUCUUCUAAUAGAGAUAAAACAGGGAAUUUCUCCGCAGCUGCUAAUCAGAGUAUCAACCAAGGCCACGGGGAGCAUGAGAAAGAGAUGUUUGAGAAUGUAUCUACAUCUCCUGGAGACCUACAUGAAGGAGUGAAGAUAAUUGCGAAGAUGGUGAAGUGGCUGCUGACGAGUUUCAAUGUGAAGAUUAAGAAAUUGAUUGUUGCAUUUGAUCCAGAUUCACAGACAAGCACAAAUGGAUUUUUGAAUCACAAGACUCUGGUUCUUCGGAUCACAGAAAUAGAAUGUGGAACUUGUGGUUCUGAAAAUGGUAAUUUAGGAGGUGCUGAAGGAGGUGAUAGCUUUCUUGGAAUAAGUAGAUUGACAAGCUAUGUAACGUUUCAGGGAGCAGUUCUUGAGCUAAUUCAAGUGGAUGAUGUUUCUAGGCAAACGGCUCUCAAUAUGACAGGAGCUGAUUCUUUUGAAGCACCUUUAAAUCUCUUUCCUGCUUCUGCUGGGAGCCGCAUAAUGACUGGAAAUAGAGGUGGAUUUUCAGGGAAUCUUAAAUUAAGUAUUCCUUGGAAAAAUGGUUCUUUGGACAUUAGAAAGGUGGAUGCAGAGGUUUCUAUUGAUCCCAUAGAGUUGAGAUUCCAACCCAGCACGAUUAAAUGGCUCUUAUGUUUAUGGGAAACUCUGAAGAAUCUUGGUAAGGAUGAAAAGUCCCAUUUGCAUAUGAAGUCAAGUGACAAUGUUCCAUCUACUUCGAGCUCGCAUCGCUCUUCACCAACAUCAGUGUCUCCUGAAGAUUCUGGGGAUGACAUAGUAUUAAUGCAUGGUGGCUUGCCUGCUGAGCCUUCUUCAUUGAUGGGCCAAGAAUCAGCUUAUGACAUGAAGUUACCUUGUGUUAUAUCAGACUGGGUGCCAGCUACUGUGAAUAAGGAUGAACCAGACUUUGGGGCAAGCGUGGACCAAUUUUUCGAAUGUUUUGACGUGAUGAGGAAUUCUCAGUCAGCUAUAGGUGCUAGUGGGAUGUGGAACUGGACAUGUUCUGUUUUUAGUGCUAUAACUGCUGCAUCCAGCCUAGCUUCUGGAUCAUUACAUAUCUCUUCUGAACAACAGCAUGUUGAGACCAACCUUAAUACUGCCGUUGCGGGGAUAUCUUUGAUCUUCUCCUUCCACGAUGAAGACGAGCUGCAUACCUCUGGUUUGCAUUGUUACCAGGAGAAAAUUGACUCCUAUCUUCAUUAUAUUGUUCUAGACAGCUCGGAUAUCCAUCUUGCGUUGCAGGUAUGCCCUCGAGAGUUGAAGUUUGAGGGAACAGUAAAGUGCAUUGAAUUAGAGCACUGCAUAAGCCUUAGAGAAAAUGGCUCGGACUUUGUUCAUCAGCAUGGCUUUCACGAAUCUUCAGGUCAAACUGCUGCUAUCAAGCAAUUGCAAGAUGAAGUUCAAAGGGCUCUUCCUCAGCGUGCCACAUUUUUUGGGAUCCCUGACCAUAGACCCACUUCUACGUCUUCCCAAAAAGGUCCUAUCAGAAAUAAGGUUGAUAUAAUCAGAAUUGCGUUGCUGAAAACGUCAGGUGGCCUCAAUUGCCAAUUUACUGUAAAAUCUGGCUUGCAGAAUGAUAUGUCAGAUGGAGCAAUCUCAUUCUCAGUGAAACUUCCACCAUUUGUUUUCUGGGUUGACUUCAGUUUGAUGAUCAAAUUGUUCACUUUCAUGGAGAAAGUUCAGGGUUUUGCUGAAUCAAGUGAUGCAGGGGUUAGAAGUUUAUGCAAAGUGAAGCAACCAUCACAUGAGAAUGCUAAAAGAGUUCCUGCUCGCCCCCAAAGAGGCAAUUCUGAAACUCGUUUUAUGGCCUUAUCUUCCGAGGAAAGACUACGAGGUACUAUAUCUGUCCCCCAUGGAAGGGUAUUAUUAUGUUUCCCUUUUCAUGCCGAGGAUGAUCUCUUGGGCUACUCAACCUGCAAUGAAUUUAUCGCUCUCGAUUUCUGUUCCCCUUUGAGCACGAGCAAGGACAAGAGUUGCCCCUUUCCAGAUGCCGAUGUGGAGAAGAGAUUUUCUGUCAGAAGUACAAGGUCUUUAUAUCUGAACUUUGGAAACCUUGACGUAUAUUUAGUCAGAA